AUGCCCCCGGUUGCGACGCCGCCCCAGCUCCCGCAGCCGGGCGGCGUCGGGAAGAAGCGACCUCGAGGCUUCCCGCACUCUGGCAACGGCCGCGAUGAUGGACGCAUCGUGAACGAAGGUGGUUUCUUCACCGUGUUUAUGAACACAACCUCGCGAAUAUGGACGUAUGAGACUACUAAAAACGGAAGUUUCUGGUGCCAAGGGGAUAAGAUGCUGAAUAUAACUGAAAAAUCUGUGUUCUUCAGCAGAUCUUACUGGAGCUCGUAUUGGAGUCCGACAACAAGAACCCUGGAAGGAACUUUCGAUAACAGUAGCCUUGGAUUGAUGUUCGUUGGAGGUGCAGGAAUGGCGAAGAACCGCAGCGAGAGUUUGGAGUUUGCGAGCGACAGCUACAGGUGUGGUGUUUUUGUCGUGAGACCGCUUCGUGGUGGCCUCACCUGGCGUGAACUCAGGUUCAAGGAUGUCAACGAAACUGGAAAACCAGGGAAGGAGUGCAUGGAAUACUUCAACCAUACAAGACAAACAGGCUAUGUUAUCUACAGUGAUGACUGCAAAAAGUUGCUGUAAUAUGCAUGGACACAGUACAAACUCGUGUGGCCUUCAAAUCAGGAAUGGGAUGGACGCUGAAAAUUUCAGGAAUGGCUAACCGAUAGAAUUAUUUUUCAAACUUCUAUGUAAUAAAUUCCUUCAUCGGUGACAAUAAAAUUCUUGCC